AUGAAACCAGUCCAGAUGACAGUGAAAAUGGGAAUUGUAAACUUAUUCACAGGUUCAUGUCCUCGUUUUUAUAGUAAAGGUCAGAAAAAUAGUUACGACGUACUAGUUGUGGGAGGAGGUAUUGUUGGAUUCGCAACUGCACGAGCAUUAUUAUCACGAAAUAAGCAUUUACAUGUAGGUCUUGUAGAAAAAGAAAAUAGGCCAUCAGUUCAUCAAAGCGGACACAACAGCGGAGUUAUACAUGCUGGUAUAUAUUACAAACCAGGUUCGAUGAGAGCAAAAAUGUGCAUUGAAGGUCUUUAUAAAACUUAUGAAUACUGCGCCAAAAAUAAUAUACCUCAUAAAAAAUGUGGAAAACUCAUUGUUGCCACUGAAGAAUCCCAAAUAAAAAGUUUAAAUGACUUGUAUGAGCGAGGAUUAGAAAAUGGCACUCCUGACAUAAAGUUGAUAAAUGGAAAUGAUAUCAAGACCAUUGAACCAUACUGCAAAGGUGUACGAGCAAUUCAUUCACCACAUACAGGAAUUGUGGAUUGGGGAGUAGUGACACAACAUUAUGCAACAGACUUUGCAAAUUUGGGAGGUCAAAUAAUUUACAAUUUUAAAGUGAAAUCGUUUGAAGAAUGUAAACAUAACAGAGCACUCAAAAUAAUUUCUAAAAAAAAUAAUGAAGUAUUAGCAGAUUAUGUCAUUACAUGUGGUGGAUUACAAUCAGAUAAAUUAUCAUUGAUGACUGGAUGUAAAGCUGAUCCAUACAUUUUACCGAUACGAGGUGAAUAUCUUUUACUUGGCAAAGAAAAAGCGCACCUCGUUAAAGGCAAUAUAUAUCCAGUGCCGGAUCCCAGUUUACCAUUCCUUGGGGUACAUUUUACACCAAGAAUGGAUGGCUCCGUGUUUUUGGGUCCUAAUGCAGUUCUGGCUCUAAAACAAGAAGGAUACAGCUGGAAUGAUAUUAGUAUUUCUAACACAAUAAGGCUUUUAAAACUAGAUGGUGUUCAAAAACUUAUGGCAAAACAUAUGAAAUUUGGCAUAAAUGAAACUAUCAAGUCUUUAUUUCCUGCCAAGCAGCUAAAAGAAAUACAAAACUACAUUCCAGACAUCAAAAAAAAUGAUAUUAAAAAAGGUCCUACAGGUGUUCGUGCUCAACCAUUGUGGGCAGAUGGAACAAUGGCAGAGGAUUUGGUGCUGGACAUUGCGUCAAAUGAUCCAUCAGAUUUAGUGAUGCAUAGAAUAAUGCAUUGCCGAAGUGCACCAUCGCCUUCGGCUACAUCUUCAUUACCAAUUGGUGAAGUCAUUGUAGACAAAAUGUUUGCAAAAUACCCGAAUUUAAACCCUUUACCUAAUUGA